UUUCCCAACAAUUAGAACAAGCCUGAUAUAAAAGUACACAACUCUCUCUGCAAUAUUCUUGAUCAAGGCUGAAGGGAAACCAAAGAAGGGUGAACAUGGGUCACAACAACAAGCAGAAGCAGAGGCGAUUCAGCAAAGACAAUCGCCGCCACCACUCGCACGGACAUCAUCAUCAAAGGGAUGAAGAUGAUGAUUCUUUGCCAACUGACCCAGCAGCUGAGGAGGAGGAGGAGCAAAGGGGUCCUUCCAUUCAGCUCGCCAUGUGGGAUUUUGGCCAAUGUGAUGCAAAGAGGUGCACUGGACGCAAGCUUGCAAGAUUUGGAUUGUUGAAAGAAUUGCGGGUUGGUAGUGGAUUUGGGGGAAUCGUUUUGAGUCCCACUGGGACACAAUGUGUCUCCCAAGAGGAUCUUGAGUUAAUCAAAAGGAGAGGUUUAGCUGUCGUCGAUUGCUCAUGGGCACGUCUAGAUGAUGUGCCUUUCACCAAGCUGCGCUGUGCUGCUCCCCGUCUUUUACCUUGGUUGGUAGCAGCAAAUCCAGUCAACUAUGGUCGACCCUGUGAGCUUUCAUGUGUUGAGGCACUAGCUGCAGCUUUGAUCAUAUGUGGAGAGGAAGAAACCGGAAAUCUAUUGCUCAGCAAAUUCAAGUGGGGUCAUGCAUUCUUAUCUCUUAAUAGGGAAAUCCUUAAGGCAUACUCUGAAUGCAAGAAUGGCACUGACAUGAUCUCCGUCCAAAAUGAGUGGCUUUCGCAGCAGACCUCUCAUACUUCUGAUUCACGUGGUGAUGGAAAAGGAGAACGAUCCGAACCUAACAACAAGAAUGAUGGAUCGUCCAGCGAUUCUGAAGAUGGACUUCCUCCGCUAGAAAGAAACAUGAAUCAUCUCUACUUGGAGGAAAGCGACGAAGAAAGUGAAUGAAGGGUAUCCAGUUUCUUUGUUCCAAGAGGUGUCGUUAGGACGAAUAUGACCUAUACUUGGCCACGACACAGUAGGAAUGCUUUCGAACCGUAUGAAACUGGAGCUUGCUUUAGUCCAUAACUGUUUUCUUAUGUCUGGUUUUUAAGCUCAGCUAGCAUAUUCUUGGAUAGCUUUGAUUUUUCCAUUUUUACUUUGAACUAUGAAAGGUUUUAUUUAUUCCUGAAAUAUAAGUUUUUAGCAUGUAUAAUUCGAAAUACAAACUUGCAUAUGUUAUCGAGAGAUCGAACCCCAAUACAAAUUC